AUGGGACGCCGGUGGUGGCCUGGAUCGGACGGAUCGGCACCGGAACGAGGAGCGGAGGGGCGCGCGGCCCAGCAGGCGAGGGAGGCCGGGCUGGUGUCCGCGGGGGGGGCAUCGGCUAGAAGGUCGUCAGGCGGUGGCAGUUCCAGCCGCAGAGCUAGCAGCGGCGGCGGUGAUAGCAAUGGUGGUGUAGGCACUCUGAGCAGCGGCGAUGGCAACAAUUCGUUUUUCGGUUACGGGGAUGAAGACGAAGAUGACGAGGACGACAGUGACGACUACGACGGGGCUAUCUCCCGACGAAGACGGCUGCAGCACGGGUGCUGCCUUUGUGUUGGGGUGGCGUGGACGGCCGCGCUUCUCCUUUGCCUCGCAAGCGGGGGGUCCACCGCGUGGGGGGGCGGUGAGGCCUUGGAGGCGGCAGCCGCCUGCGCCUUGCUCGGGGCCGCGGUGCUCGCGGCGAUAGCGUUGUGCUUAGGGCUGCCGACGUUGUCGCGGAACGAAGACACGGACAGCGAGUGGUGGUGCUGCUGGUUGUGGAGGAGGGGGGGCGACGAAACGGACGACGAGGGGGGUAAGCUGGCGCACGUCGGCGGGGUAACGUACCUGGCGAUCUGAUGGCUCAUCAUUCGAUCUUGUUCCAGUCUACGCUUACAUGUACACUCGAAAAGCGGGGAAGGUUGGACGUACCGGUGCUUGGCGGGGCGCCGCCGUUUUCAGAAGGUUUUAGUUUGGUUUGGAAUGCGUGAAGCGCUUGGCGUGAAGGGCUACCGGUUGCAUUUGACAGCGGGGUUCGAAUCGCGCACAUCAUGUAUGACAUAUUUUUCCCACUAUCAAUUUGUGUUCUUUCAAUUGGAACAAACAACACAACGUAUUGACGCUUCCGCAAAAGAAGGGCAGCUGGCGUCGGUUGACAAGUUUUACUUUUCCUACCUGGGCGAAGUUUUUAGAUGUUGUUCCCCCAUACGGGAUGCAACGUAACAUCUGUACGUGUUAGGCAUUGUGUCGUCGGCGUCUUGGAGCAGCCGUUAAUUUAUUUCUUUUGUAGUGGCGUGGCAGGCUUUCCAAUAUCAAGCCGGAGUACGUAGCUGGAGGUGACACGGUCCUGAAGACGUUCAACGGGAGUGGGUAAGCUGGAGUUUUGCCUGUUUUGGCACCGUUUGCCACUCGUCGUGCACGUUGCAUGGAACACCCUACGGAGGCAAUGCCCCUGCUUUUCUGCGAGGGACUGGGCCCUGACGGCCUGUUGAAGGUUCGGUACAUCACUUGACCGGUUGUAUAUUUUUGCACCAAUGCAAGUGCGUUUUCCGUUUCAGCUCGGCGACCUCUUUGGACUAGAAUCUCUUGGCUUCUUUGGCACAAGGGGGCGAACAACUUGACAUUCUUCUACAUAGCAUGGGACAAACCGUGGCGUGGAUAUUUACAUAUUGCACAUACACCUGAAAUGUAUUGAUAUGCUGAGGGAAAGAGUGGACGAAUGCCACCUGAAACGGGUGGACCCAUGUUGGUGUUAGGUUUGGUGGGAGUUUCAUUAGAAUAGCAUGGCUAUGUAUUGGGUGAUUACGUUCUUCACCUCUUGGCGUUUUUCGCUUUGAAUGGUUUGCGGGGAUAUGUGCAAGGGUGAUUGGUACUUUGUAUCGUCUGUUUUUUGUGUUUGCUCGAGGGCGGAGGCUUGAGCUCCCCCCCACGAUCGAAUCACAACGUUUGUUGUGACGUGUGCUGGAACGAUUCUGGACUUGCAUCCAUGUGCUGGGUAUAGUGUUCCGAAAAACAAAGGGUAUCUACGUGUGUGUGUACUAUUGUAGGGCGCCGAGCGAGGCGUUGGUUGACGUACACCCCUUGUUGACUUUGGAUGUCGUUGUCGUUGUUUUGGUCUUUGUCCGAGAGACAGACGAACUCACUGACUCUGCUGCUGUACUCUGUACCCCGAUUCGAGUUCCAUCUGUUGUUUCCCCUUGUUUCCUCUUGCGGUCACUUGGGUUCAAGUCCGAAACGGCGUGGCAAGUAUCUCCGGCGCCUUCCGUGGUGCGAGAAGUAGCAGACACAUAUUUUGCCGUCCCAUGAUAAAGUAGUUUUUUCGUGUCUGGAAUCGGUAUGUUUUUCGCUAGUGGUAGCACGUACUCUUGGUUUUUGGGAUAGGAUGCUCUUCUCUAGACUACACGCUGUUUUUGGGUUAGCUUGUCGCCACGGACACUCGUUUGUUUGCCCUUUUAAGAGCAGAAAUAGAGGACU